GCGGCGCCAAGUGCCAACUGUAAUUUGGUUGUCGGUUAAUUACUUCUUCGAUCCUUCCUCUAUCCAACUCAAUCGCACAACUUCGCUUUUUGUCCUGUCUUUUGUCACUGCUAAUAAACAUUGCACGCGUUUUAUUAUACCCAACUUUCCUCUUUAUUUAUUUGAAACCCUUUCUUCUUAAUUACACUCUCUCUCCCUUCUUUUGUCAGUUGACAAACAGAACAAAACCAUCUCUCGUUUUCAUCAAAAAGAAUUUGACUGCUGAUCUUGAGACCCUAGUGGGUUUGGAUUUUCAUUCGGGAGUUUCAACAAACACCUUGCAAUGCACGCCAAAACAGAUUCAGAGGUAACUAGCCUCGCGCCAUCAUCACCCACGAGAUCUCCACGGCGUCCAGUGUACUUCGUGCAGAGUCCAUCACGUGAUUCUCACGAUGGAGAGAAGACAACGACGUCGUUUCACUCAACGCCGGUGCUUAGCCCCAUGGGGUCUCCACCACAUUCCCACUCAUCCGUCGGGCGUCACUCGCGCGAAUCGUCUUCAAGUAGGUUUUCCGGGUCGUUAAAACCCGGAUCGCGCAAGAUCUCUCCAAAUGAUGCCUCUAAAAGUAGUCACAGGAAGGGACAAAAGCAAUGGAAAGACUGUGCAGUUAUUGAAGAAGAAGGUCUUCUUGAAGAUGAAGCGCGUGAGAAGGGACUCCCUCGUCGCUGUUAUUUUCUUGCUUUUCUUCUUGGUUUCUUUGUUCUCUUUUCUUUCUUUUCUUUAGUUCUUUGGGGGGCCAGUAAGCCACAAAAACCCAAGAUCACAAUGAAGAAUAUAAAAUUUGAGCAUUUCAGCAUUCAAGCUGGGUCUGAUUCUACUGGAGUAGCAACUGAUAUGAUAUCAAUCAACUCGACAGUGAAAAUGAUCUAUAGAAACACAGGAACAUUUUUCGGUGUUCAUGUAACAUCUACACCUGUAGAUCUAUUUUAUUCUGAGAUCACCAUAGCCUCAGGAGCUGUAAAGAAGUUUUACCAAUCUAGAAAGAGCCAAAGAUCAGUAGCAAUAUCAGUAAUGAGUAACAAAAUCCCAUUGUAUGGAAGUGGAGCUGGUUUCAGCAGUUCAACAGGGACCACUGCACUGCCAGUGCCACUAAAACUGAGUUUCGUUCUCAGAUCAAGAGCUUACGUUUUGGGAAAAUUGGUUAAGCCUAAAUUCUAUAAAAGAAUUGAGUGUGAUUUUACUUUUGAUCCAAAGAAACUCAAUGUCCCAAUCUCCCUCAAGAAAUCUUGCACAUACGAUUAAUGGUGACUAAGAGGAAGACUAUUUUUACAUUUUAACUUUCCCCUUUGAUUUUAUUAUUGUUGUUUCUAUUUUUUCGUUGAAGAGAGGAAGUGGAAAAUGAGAAACAGCUAAGCGGGCAAGGAAUUGAAGGAACAAAGGUUUGGACUUUUUGGUUGCCCAAUUGCCCGUUGAGUGGAAAAACAGCCUGGAAUGGAUUCGGUAGUGACUUGUGAGCGAUAGCUUUUUAAUUUAUUUUUUUCCUUUGUUUUUAUAUAAAUAUAUUUGUUUAUGAUGUAAAAGCAAGAAACCAUUUAUCUUUUUAAAUACUAUUAUUUAAUUUAAUUAUUGUAA